UUCAGUGCGCAGGCAUAUCUGGGCGACGCCACACUAGAGCACGAGCCAUGGUGCACUACACGACUAUAACCCCGGAGAUGAGCGACGCGGUGCUUCAGCACCUGCGCGAUAGUUUCUUCGCGGACGAGCCACUCAACAAGGCAGUGCAACUCUGCCAGAGAGGCCAACCGCAUGCCGCUCUCGAGCGUCUGUGUGCCGCCACCAUGGCAGAUGGAUUGUCUAUCGCCGCUCUUGAUAACGACACGGUGUUGGGUGUGGCACUGAAUGGGAUAUUGUGACCCGGGGACAUCGAGCAGUCUAUUGAUAAGAUACAGCACUCAUCCGACGCCAAAUUUAAUAAGAUCUUCACAAUCCUGUACACCGUGAGCCGGGACCUGGAGCUGUUCAGCACGUUCCAGGUGGAGCGCAUCCUGGAGUGCCGCAUCAUCAGCGUGUCGCAGGCGGCGCGCGGGCGCGGGCUGGCGCGCGAGCUCAUGAAGAGGAGCAUCGAGACUGCUAUGGACAAGGGGUUCAAGUUAUUCAAGGUGGACGCAACGGGCGCGUACUCUCAGCGCAUCUGCAGCAGCCUGGGGCUCCGCGUGCUGCAGACGGUGCGCUACUCGGAGUACCGGGACGACAGCGGCGCGCCCGUGUUCAACGUACCGCCGCCACACGACUCGCUCGCCGUCAUGGCGCUCGAGAUACCAUAGACGUGACCCACACGCUCCUAACUGUGCUCCUCUUUCUAACACUAUUUAUCGUUUUUUAUUUUCUCAAAGUGGGGUACGCGAACCCAGCUAGGGGUUCGCCAUUUGACGGCAGGGGGUUCGCGACAAGAUUUACGUAAUGGUGGCUUGAUAACUGAUACCAAGUCAGAAUUAAAGUUGAAAUUGUCCAAAAUUACUCAUAACAUUGAAUCCAUUUGCGAGAAGAAGCAAGCACACCCAUCACAUUAAUAUUACAAAGACAUUUUUAUUGGUAUUUUAUGUGCUACCUUUUAUUCAAAUAAAAACCUUUUUUAAAAAAAAUUUUAAAAGGGGCUCGUGGAGCUGAAAGUUUGAGAAACCCUGGUUUAGCUGAGUUGAGUGAGAAAAUAAAGUUUGGCUUUAUUUUUCAUAGACCAUUUUCAAAACUUUGUUGGUUUCGGUGGACCCCCUGCUACAUUUUCGUGGACCUCCGCAUACAAAUCGUGAACUCUUAUUUUUAUGUCACGUUAACGUGGACUCCCGUCGAGUCUCCCAUAGACACCUGGGGGUCCUGGACCACUUUUGGAAUCAAUGGCACUCUACCCCACGACUUUUCUUUAAUCCGGACCUAUCGCAACAUCCUUUCUUAGCGAACGUCUACUACCUAUAAAUUAUUAUUUACCUACCAAAUUGUAUAUUUUCAAUAUUUCGAAUGAAUGAUCUUUCGCGUUUAUAUAAUUAGAUAUAGAUGUGGGAGGCAAACAUCUCAUUAUGUAGGGAUGUAGCUAAAUGUAUCCGUUUAAUAACAAUCGAUAGAUUAAUUACUGUUCAAAAUCCAAUAAUAAUGGGUCAAUUAGACCUACACGCUGCAAACUGUACCCCACAUUUCAAAAGUACAAUUUCUAUGGGCUAGCAGGGAUAAUAGUGUCUGCUUGGUAAAUAAUUAUUUGCCUACAGUUAAAAAUCCGAAAAGUUCGAUUCAGUUUGACAUAAAUGCUGAAUACUGUGCCCCAUUUUCUAAAACUAAUUUUAAAAUUUGUAAAAUCGAUGUUUUAGUUUUGUGAAAAAAAUAUGUCAAAAAUACAUGUACUAUACGUAAUUAAAAAUUAUACACACUUCAAAAUGUAAUUAUGACCUCAGUACGUACUCGUUUCCUAGUAAAUAUUACGUACUACAGAAUAUUUAAUAGUACCUACAAACUAUUACUUAUAUGCUAUGCUAGUACCUAAUGAGUACUUACCUAUAUACUUUUUCAUGUGAAAAAAAUACAUAGUGCCAAUUUUAUUGAUGAUGAUACAUAGAAUAUUAAACUUUAGCAUCUACGGUUAAGGGGUCGGAAUUAAAUCAAAAAGGUUUUCCCCGAUGGACUUUUGUCGUAAUAAUACUUUCGAAUAAAGAUCAAGGUUUGUUUUUCGAUUUCUUUAAUAGAUGUCACUCGCACAUUGUCAAGUGUGUCAAAUUGUUGGUGUCAAAUAUCACGUAGAACGAUUUAGAAAAUUUACAAUUCUAUGCAGUACUUAGGUAUUAUGACGUCAUUUCUAUGACGUCAUAGAAACGACGUAGGUAAUUGUAGAUUCUCAGUGAAGAAGCCGAACUCAAGACAGAAUUUGAAGUUGUUAAAAGGGUUCGAUUCCGGUUCUCUGGCCUCUGAUCUAAUGUCGUGCAUAGAUUAGCAAUGGCUUCCCACGCGAUUUGAGGGAAAAGCGAAAAAUUAAAAAAGAAUAUACAAUAAAUACGAUUACCAUCCUAUUUAAACCAAAAACAAGAGACCGUCGUUACUAAACGUCCUAAGAAAAUUUAUGCAAAUCUUAUACCGAUUAUUUAUUUUAAUUUUAUAAUUAAAGAAAAUUAAUUGAUAAAGUGGUAUAUUGAAACUUUAGAACAUCACAAUAUAUUGAUGUGAAUAUUAGGAAUAAUGUAUUUCUGUCGACCUAAAACUUAUUUUUAAAAUUACUUCUGUAUCUAUUUCUGUAUGCAUAGUGAUUAGUGAUGACUAUAUCACUCGAUUAUAUCAGUUUUAUAGAUAACUGUAAUUAUAUUUUAUUGUACGAGUGUUUCAAAUUCUGUAGAAUAUUUUCUAUAGAAACCAAAGGAAUUAUAGUUAAUUUUUUUAUUAAAAAUUAUAUUGAUGCACAAUUGUUCAGGUCUCAAAAAUAAUUAUUCAGAUGUUAAUAAAUGUAAUAGGUAUUUUGAUAAAUGUUAGUAUUAAAUAUUUAUUACGGUACUAAUAACUAAAUAGAUUUUUAAAACAGAUAAACCAAAGUUAAUUUACCAUAAUAUAACUUUUGAUCUGUUUUGUAUACAGAACAUAACCAAAGCGUUUUUGAUUCUGUAGAUGGAAUAGUUUAUAGGUAAAAAUAUAUAUAUUUGUUAAUAAUAUAAGUAAAAAAGAUCUAUCGUUAUAUAUUUUAGAUUUCUUUUACUAUUACCAAUUUUUUUUUAAUUUUCCUACUUCACCAGUGGAUAAUUAUUGCAACUGUAUUUUUAGAUUUAAAAUACAUAAUAUUUAGAUUACAGUUACGUAGUCACAACCCCAUAAUAUAUGUAACUAAUUUUUAUAUAAAUGUACUUAAGUGUAUGUCUAAAUAUUGUCUAUGUACCUAAAAAUAUAUCUAAAAAAAUGUUUUGUAGUCUGUUUACAACGUUAAUAUAUCCUUUAGCAUGAGUGUACUUGUUCUCUGAAGUCUUGGAUUACUAUUACGAUGAUAUUUGUACAAGUAUUUACAUAAAUGUGUUAAAAUAUACACCACUGUAGUCAAAAUCUAUCUCUAUUAGAUGUUUGAUGUAGAAAUUGUUGAGAAACUAAAAAAUAAAUUUAUUCAAAUUUAA